AUGGAUUUCCGUCGCUCAAUCCUCGAUUUUCGAUCGAUCACUUAUUUGAUGCUAUUCUUUUUUGAGGUUUUCGGACUAACAGCGUCGAUGGUUGUUUUUGUGAAGAAAGAGGAUCUUCCUUUUGAUUUGGAUCGUCCAGUUCUGAGAGCUCGUCGAAAUGCUCGCUUAACCUCAGCCCUUUCUGAGACAUUUGAUGCUUGCCCAAUGCGAAUUCUUCCCGAUCAUAGACCAAAAUUUGGACAUAUUCACAAUGGUAGUCGAGUUGAAAUUCAGCAAGACGACGAAGCUCCCUUUUCAGCAACUUUUGUCGAAUGUCUUUCGGAAGUUCGUGAGAGCUGUGCCGGAGUUGAUAAUAGACGUUUUGUCUCCGAAUGUGUGACUGUUUAUGAUCAUCGACCAGCCGGAAUACGAUUGGUUGGAUCUGAUCGACCAUUUCAUAUUGGAUCAAUUCGAAUACCAAUCGCUUGUUCAUGUCAAUUGCGUAAAAUUCUUCAUCCCCUCAAUUACCACAAUGUCGACGAGAAA